CGCGGAGGGUUAUAAUGGUAAAACUCAAUACAUGUUUUUUGUUUAGUCAUAAGAAAGUUGUUGUAAUUUCACUAGCAUUUUGGGUUACUUUUGCAUUUGAUUGAAUUUAAGGUAUACUUUUGUAUUCAAAAUCAACUUUUGAGUCAUUUUUGACAAUUUUCCCGUUAAUCAUUGAAUUUUUUGGCUUUUCGUUGAUUUUUUUUUAAUACUGGAUAGUAUACAUUACAUAAUCGUAUAAUCUCUAACUCUAUUAGAUAUGAUGAUCAACUAUCCAUAACAUAUGCAAUAUUGAUUUUUUGCUCGAUGGACAUGCUUUCUUCCCCGCAAAUGACCACAACUAACAAUUUUACUACAAUAUUUUAGAACCCCCAAAACUUGCAUCCUAUAAUCUGCAAGAAAUUACAUAGUUUAGGAUUUGGAUCUCAAAUCUGGGUAUAAAAUCUUUUUGGGCUUUUCGUCAAACAUUAUAGUUCCUACAAAAUAGGAAGCAAUAGCUUACAUUAUUGGGAAAAUUGUUUUUUUAGAGCAAAAAAAUAUUAACUAUGUCCCUUUAGACUAAUCUCAUAUACUUUAUGUCCCAUUAGGCUAAUUAUUUUCAAAAUGGCAAUAAUGCCCUUAAAGUUGUAAUUUUUGUUUUUUUUUGUUUUUUUAUAAAAAAAUCGAUUUUUUUUUUCAAAAUAUGAAAGUGAAUAUUCUCAAAUAUUUUGUUUCCAUAUUUUUAGGAACUGGUUUCUUAUCCGUAGAAUACAACUAAUCUGUAGAAAUUGAUUUCUACAGGUUUUUAGAAUUAUAGUAAUAUGUAGAUUUUGAUUUCUACAUUUUUUAGAUUUACAGUAAAUCUGUAGAAGUCGGUUUCUACGUGUUGUAGAUUUAUAUUAAUGUGUAGAUUUUGAUUUCUAAAGAUUUUAGAUCGGUAGGUUAAGCGUGGAAUGUGUAUUCUAGAUAUUUUUAGAAUACUCUUAUUUACGUAGAUCACGUAUUCUAAACAUUGUAGAUUCAAUGAAAAAAGUGGAUUUUGGUUUCUACUUCGUAGAAUGUCAUUUCUACUUUAUUUAGAACAUAAUCUGAAAUUUAUGAUUUAAACAUUUUUAGAACUGAAAAAAAUACUACUAAGUUCAUAUUGGUAUUUUAUCAAAAGUUACUAUUUUUCCAAUUUUUUUUUGGUUUGUAAAACUAUUUAUUAAAUUUAUUUUCAAAAAUAUUAAAGGGUGUUAUGGACAAAAAUGACAUAAAAUAGAUAUUAGUCUAAAGGGACAUAAGAUACUUAUCAUUUUUUUGCAAAAAAAAAACAAUUUUCCCUACAUUAAUUAAGGGAAAAGAAUGUGAGUUACUUUCUUCCUAAAAUCCAGGAAACAAAGCAAGUCAUUUUUUAUUUGCUAAAAUACUAAAAACGAAGAAAGGAAUUGGUCAAAACUACCAAUCUCGGUACAUUAUUAACCUAAACUCUAAAUCUUUUCCUCUCUACUCUCUCGCUGAGCAAACUUUGGAGAUUCGUAGUGGGGUUUUUGCAUCUCUCCUUCGGUUUAGAUAUCAGAUUCUUUGAAUAACUAUAGGAGCUACGUGGUGCGUCGUUUGUUUUUGUUUCCCUGAGGUGUUCUUUUUUGUUUUCGCUUUCGAUUUGGUUUUCACCCGCGUUAUUUUUUAGUGAUCUGCUAAGAUAAAUGGAGGAUCAUAAGCCGACGAGUUUCACAUUUGAGAUUGAUAACUUCUUAGAGAAGGAAGCUGUGAUUUCAUCCCCAACAUUCUCAAGUGGAGGCUGCCAAUGGUAUGCAAACGUUUAUCCCAAAGGAAAUGGUAUUGAAGAUCACUUGGCUCUAUUCCUCUAUGUUGCGAAUUAUGGAUCAUUGCAGCUUGGAUGGAAAAGGCGAGCUAAAUUUUCCUUUGUUCUGUUGAAACAAUCCGGCAAAGAAUUCUACAAAUCAAUUGAAUUGUGCCAAGUGUUCUGCGCUCAGGUCCCGGGAUGGGGUAUUGUAAAGGCCUUGACUAUUAAACAGCUUCAAGAAAAAGGGUUCAUGGAGAAGAACAAAUUGAUAGUUAAAGUCCAAGUACUUGAAGUUGUUAAUGAGGCAGAAGUAACUGGGAACGAGACUAUGGAUGUCAGAGGUUUCCAAGUUCUUUAUUCUCAGGCUUUUCAAGUAAGUUGGAUUUUCGAGAGGCACCCGGACCUUGCUUUGAGUUUCGGACCAAAGAGCCACUUCGUGAAGACUACAUACAUGAACCUCCUCCUCAAGCUCAUCGAGAAACUGGACAAGCCUCCACAUAGCUUCUCCGAGACUGAGCUAAGCAACACCCGCACUGAGUUGGUCGAUCCAACACAGACAGGGUUCAAGCUAGACUGGCUGAAGGAAAAGCUUGAUGUGAUUUACUUGGAAAGGAAGAAAACAACUGAUGCUUCCCGUAUCCAAGAACUUGAGCAACACAACAAGAAUCUCAAAGCUGAACUGAACAAGGAGAAGAUCAAAUCUGCUGCUAAAGUCUUAUGGUUGGAGCAGACGGUGUCAAAUCUCAAAACUAAGCAGAACAAGAAGCCGAAAUUAAGCCCUAACUAGUUCUCCCGAAAAUUUGGGAAUUUGUUUUUUUUUUUCGUUUAUCUCAGAGCUGAAGAUUAAAUCUAUUAUGUGGUAAGUCCUUCUAAAUUUUUAGUAGAUUAAGAACUAUGCAAUUGGUGAUUGUUUAAUUAUGCAAAUCGGUGAUCGGCUUGCUAUUAAUCGAUCCCAUGGUAACGAAUGUUGCUGUUUCUUUGUUAGCACCAAGAAACAAUAUCCAAAUCACGAUGACACUUGUUGCAACCAA